CUCUCACCCUUAUUUGCCCAAGCGUCUUAGAAAUGCUAAAGACCAAAGACUUAUCUUCAUUUUAGAGAGAACAACAACCACCAUCACCACCACCACCUCUUCUUCUAUCUCCCCUGAUCUCAUCGCCUCACCCCUCUGCCCUCUCCCGAUCGCCUUCCUCCUCUCUUUCUCGUCUUCCUUUCCUUCUCUCACAUGGAACAGUUCCAGUGCGGCCGGGAGAUGUCGCUCUUGCAGCCCUCGGGCAACUUCGUCCGGCCGAAUUCCAGCUUCUCCAAUCACCUUAUUGAGAAUUCAUCAUCAUCAUCAGUCGAUGCCGGCGGAAGGCACACGAUACAAGAGAUGGAUUUCUUCUCGGAUAAUCGUCAUCUGAGAGUAGAUGUCUCCGGAUCCAAUACUACUCGGUCUUCUCAGCAGGAUAAAGCCAACAAAGAUGGGUCGACUACUCGGGUGAACACUGGAUUGAAUCUUCUCACUCUCAAUUCUGAGAUAGAACCUUCGUCGGGUAAUAUGGAAGGGAAGUCAAUAUCCAAAAUGAACAUUCUUCAAGUGGAGCUGGAACGACUGAAAGAUGAGAAUCAGAAACUAAGAAGCAUGCUGGAUCAAAUAACCAAAAAUUACAGUACCCUUCAGACUCAACUACUCUUGGCAAUGCACAAACACGAUAAUCGACGUGAACAGAAGGAUGAAGGAAAUGGUGGAGCAAGUACAUCAGCAACAUUGUCAGCCCAACAGUUGAUGGACCCCGGUCCCUCUGGUGCACUAGACAUUGACGACCCUUCUAAUACUCACUCAAAUAACAAUGAAGACUAUGAUGAGACCACCCAAGAUCAGUCAGUUUCUUUGACUAACAACAUUGAUGCAAUAUCCAAGGUGGACCAAGAUAGUGGAAUGGAUCUCAUUUCUAAAAAACGAUCUUUUACUGAAAUGGAACCGGAUCAUGCAUCAACCACUAGCUCAUCAGGUGGACUCCAAAAGAGCCCAAAACUAGCAUCAGUGGCGAAGGGAGUGGAUCAAGUCCCUGCAGAAUCCCCUUGUCGGAAGGCAAGAGUGUCUGUACGAGCACGGUCCGAUGCACCCUUGAUAAGCGAUGGAUGUCAGUGGAGAAAAUAUGGUCAAAAGAUGGCAAAGGGUAACCCUUGUCCUCGUGCUUACUACCGUUGCACCAUGGCCAUUGGAUGCCCAGUUCGUAAGCAGGUGCAAAGAUGCGCAGAAGAUAAGAGCAUUCUCAUAACAACAUAUGAAGGAAACCAUAAUCAUCCUCUUCCACCAGCAGCCACAGCCAUGGCCAACACAACAUCGGCGGCAGCAACCAUGCUCCUCUCUGGCUCCUCCACUAGCAAGGAUUCAUCAUCUCUCACAAAUAUUGCUUCAGGCUUCUACUCACCUUUGCCUUAUGCAUCCACCAUGGCAACCCUUUCUGCCUCUGCACCUUUCCCCACCAUUACCCUCGACUUAACCCAUCCACCAAAUCCCAAUAUCCCACAACACCAUGGCCACCCAUUCCAACGACCACCACCACCACCCUUCCCUCUACCUCUUCAUGGCCAUGGAUACCCCCAACUCCUAGCAGGCCAACCCACAUUCAUGUCUCCUAAGUUGCCUAUGAAUAUAGCGCCACCUUCUUUGCAAUUAGCAGGGCAGCAGCGAAACCCUUCCAUGGUUGAGACAGUCACCGCAGCUAUUGCCACCGACCCUAAUUUCACGGCAGCCCUAGCCGCAGCUAUCUCGUCGAUCAUCGGUGCACCUCGGACCAAUGAUGGUAAUAAGAUCAACAACAAUAUGGGCGGAGGUAAUAAUAAUAGUAGUUCUCCCUCUGGGGUUUCUCAACUUCCACGGUCCUGCACUACCUUCUCUACCACAUAGAGUAUUUAAAUCACGAUUUUUAGUUUAUGUUGAGCCUCAUACUUUUAACUCUUUAUGAGAGAGAGAGAUCAUAAACAGCACCCCAUGCGCUCAUGCCCGUAGAGGGAGGCAGAGUGAUUUAUAUGGUACACACAAUAAGACAUGUAUGAAUUGUCUCUGGUCUGGCUUUAACUUUUCCCGUUCUCCCAUAAUCGGUCCAACACAUACAGGAGGGACUCUACUCAAGAAAUCCAGGAUGGUGUCAUCUUGAUCGAAAUGCUACUCAUUGUGAAGCUUUAGAGGCUUCAUAGUGAGGUGUAAGAUACAAGAAGUGGUGGUGGUGGUGGUGGCCGGAGUAGAUACGCUUUGUUAUGCAUAAGAGAAGGGUAAUAUUACCUUGUAUAUAAAUAAUAUUUUUCAUACAAAAAAUAAUGAAGUGACUAGAGAAGCAUUCUCUUUGGAUCUA